GACAACACGAUGUCUCACUUUUUGGUCGUGGGAAGUCUGUUGCUAAACUUUCUCCCUCAUUAUUCAUCUCCCACUUCCGCCUCAGAUUCUCUCUGUCAAUUACUCGUACAUCUCUCUCUCUCUCUCUCUCUCUCAAUCUCAACAAAUUCCAUCCGUUUUCUCAAUGCACUGAAACACAUGAUCAUUUUCUUUCUAUUUCUCCUUCGGAUCUGAACAAACAUCAUCUGCCUCAUGCUGCUGAUCAUUCAUUUACACUUUACUUCAUCAUGAGAAUCGUACCGGUUGCGAAAUGAACAUUUUCGCAUAUCAUUCUUGUACUCGUGUGCAAAACUAAGCACAAUUAGUUGUUAGCGGUUACACUACAUGUAUGGGAGGAUUCUUCCACCUAGUAGAUUUAAAGCAAGGAAGGAUGGCCAGGAAAUUCGGUACACAAAAGAGAAAUGUUGGUGGUUUCGAGGCUCCACGCAACAGUUUAGAGCUUCCUUCCGGAGCAUACCCGAGCUAUUACACCCCACAAGAUGAUCAACCGUAUAAAUAUCAAGAGACCUAUGACUGGCGGGAUACGGGGUGCAAUUAUCCAACCGAAGCUCCAAUGAAGAAGUUAAUAAGCGACGAGAUGUCAAAACGGCCAAAAAGCAAAGCAAACGCUCCAAGCAUUGUGGCGCGUUUAAUGGGUGUAGACGCAAUGCCACAAGAUACAAAACCGGUAUUAAACGACUUACCAAAAGAUAAACUAACCCGAAGUAGCUCUGUCGGCUCUGCACUUUCCCCUUCGAAAUCAUUUCGGCAGACAAGUUUGGAUUCCUUUCACCUGUCGGAAGACAGCGAUCUUGACGACUGGAGCGGUAGCACGAUUUCCAAAAAACCGACGCCACGUCAGCAUCCCCAAGAGGAAGAACUACAGAAGUUCAAGAAAGAAUUCGAAGCAUGGCAAUCCGCAAGGUUUAAAGAAUGUUCAAAAAUCGUUGAACAUAAGUUACAUAACACUAUUUCUGAUCAGUGGAUCGCGCAAGAGAAUCUCAACAAAGAAAAAAUGGCUCUUUAUGCAAAUUCAUCAACGAAAAUCAAACUCGAAGAUCUAAAAAAGUCGCGCUCGCUAAAUGAAAACCGAUCAUUUCCUCUGAGUCAUGAGCCAACAAAGAUAGUGAUCCUUCGGCCCGGUUUUGAUAACAUUAGUACUCCGGAAGAACCGUUUGCGAGUUCAUCCGGUGCAUCUGAAGAGAGGAAUAACAUUGAAGAUUUUCUCGAGGAGGUUAAACAACGGCUUAAAUACGAGUUACAAGGGAAAACGUUUAAAACUGGAUUAGUUAGAGGAGGUGGAAUCGAAACGCCUUUUAGCGAAAGGCCAUCUGAUCCGAAACAAAUCGCGCAACGUAUAGCAAAACAGGUCAGAGAAAGUGUUACGAAAGAUCUCGGGACAAAUUUGCUUCGAUCCGAAUCAACGAGAUCUUAUCGAGGUGAAUCGCAGUGCAGCGGAACAGAUUCUCCCGAGUUCAUCAGCAGAGAUACCCGACGACUAUUAUCCGAAAGAUUACGAAAUGUUUUAAAGAAAGAAUCACAUAACACUAACUUAAAAGACGAAAACGAUAUUCAGAGCAAAUCCUUCAGAUGUGUGAAUGAUGAUAUGAUUAUUCAAAACAAUUUGUCUCCUGUUAAUCUUGUUAGGUCUUUGUCAGCUCCCGUAUCGGGAACGUCGUUUGGAAAGCUUCUUCUAGAAGACCGACACGUUGUAACUGGUGCGCAUAUUAGACGGAAGCAUGAAGCGAUUGAAAAGUUAACCAUAAAGGUGAAAAAACAAAGGAAAGAUAAGUUUAAUUUGAAAGAAAGAGUGUCCAGUUUGAAAUACAGUUUAACUCUAAGGGCAAGACUGUUUGGUAGAAAGAUACAUUCGGCUUCUGAGUUUCGUGAACAUGACCGUAGUUUUGUGAAAGACAUCAUGAAUGGACCGACGGUUAUGAUGAAUAUUGCAGACAGGCCUGAGAAUGGAACUGAGGUUCCACCUAGUCCGGCAUCGAUAUGCAGUAGCAUCCAAGACGACAUCUAUAGAGCGGCAUAUUGUGCAAGCCCAACAACAACACCCGGUGCACCCACAUCGGACGACAGUGAUCUGCCUCAAGCUUUUAGAGACAUAAAUUCUAAUUUACACGAGCUGAGGAAGCAACUGCAUCAACUUGAGACGGGACGAUCCGAAGAGACAGUAAUUGAAGAACAACCCUACGAGUCUGACAUGGCCGAGCUUGAAGAUGAAGACGAAUCAUACAUACGAGACUUGCUAAUUGCUUCCGGUUUAUACGAUAACUCAUUUGAAAAAUGUUUAUCCAGAUGGGACACCUAUGCAAAACCAAUAAGCAACCAGGUCUUUAACCAAGUCGAGGAGUCGUAUAAAAACAAGAUAAACAAUGAACCAGACCAGAAACCGGUCGAUCACAAGGUACUACUUGAUUUAGUGAAUGAGGUGCUUUCAACGCUACUAGCUCCUCCUAUGCACAUAUCUAAGGUCAAUAAAAAGGUGAAACGAGCGCCACAUGGUAAUAAGUUAUUGGACCAAGUGUGGGAGAUGUUACGCGCGUAUUUGCACCCUGUUGUAGACAAAUCAUUCUACUUCUUUGAUACAAUGGUGGCUCGAGAUUUGCAGUCAACGCCAUGGUCAGAAUUGGUGUAUGAGGACAUUGAUGCUUUAGCAAAAGAAUUGGAGAGUCAGAUCAUGAGAGAUCUUAUGGAGGAAACGGUGAAUGAUAUGAGAGACGGUUACACGAGUUAUAAACUGUAAAGACCAAAAACACGAGGAAACGAUGAUUUCGUAUAUAUGAGUGUGAGUGAAGUGAGUGAAAAUAGAUAGAGAUUUGAGUGUGGGCAUGUUUUUUGUGCUGUUUAGGAAAGGUAGUAUUAUGGUAUCCUCAUGAUAUCCAAGUUGUUUUGGGUGUUUUCUCUUCAUGAUUGCAUGCCUAAUUAUUCGUUUAUUGACGUUUUACUUUUAA